AACCCCGACUUUCCUAUUUGACAACUAUAUUCAUCUCUAUCUCUUUCCCAUUCUCUUUCUCUCUCUAUCUGUCUCUCUUUUUCUUCCUCUCUCCUUCUCUGAAACAUGGGUGAUUAUGAUCCUGAAGCAUGCAAUACAAGCCUCCAACUUGGACUUGGCUCGGGUGGAUAUGCUCCAAGGCAAGAGAUGAGGACCAAGGAUAGGCCUCUGGUCUGCUUAGACCUAUCAUUUGCUCUUCGCCCAAAACCGGAGAAGAUUGCUAACUUGGAUGAUCACAUGGCAAAUGGAUCGAGUUUGAAGACGAAUAUUUUCUAUGAAGACGAAGAAGAUCGGAGAAGCACUGAUCAUACCGAUAGCGAGAUCACCAACAGCAAAAAUGGUGCAAGAAAGAAACUGAGGCUGACAAAAGAGCAAUCCACUUUGCUAGAAGACAGCUUCAAGCGCCAUAGCACCCUUAAUCCGACCCAGAAACAUGCUCUUGCUGGGCUAUUGAAUCUGAAGCCAAGACAGGUUGAAGUUUGGUUCCAGAACAGAAGAGCAAGGACAAAGCUGAAGCAAACAGAAGUGGACUGUGAGUUCUUGAAGAAAUGGUGCGAAAGUCUGAGCGACGAGAAUCGGAAACUGAAGAAGGAACUGCAGGAGCUAAAAUCGUUGAGUGUGAAUGGGGCAUCAUCACCAUUAUUGACUCAUCAAAUCCCAAAGACCACGAUGCUCACAAUGUGUUCAUCUUGUGAGAGAAAGGCAAAAGCUAAUGAUCAAUAUCCUAAUAACGAAGCAGCAGCAAAGAAUUAAAGCAGAUGCCAGACGAUCUUCUGAGUGUGGUCCGGAAAGAGUUGAAUAAGUUGCAGAUCGAGCGGCUUUGACAGUAACAAAAUUAUACUGAGAGAUUGAUUUCGAAUACGUUCAUAGCCACUGCCAUAGCCAAGUAUGUAGGUGCAAGAAUUAGGGAUGUGUUGAUGUCGAUCAAUCAACUACUAGUCAACUACCACAUGACUAAACUGCUGAAUCAUAUGUUUGCUUUGAUUUACUGAUUAUAGGAAAAUUUAAAGGAAUUAAUGUUCCA